GCCGGAAGUAGGAAGAGGAAGGCAGUAAUGGCGGCUGCUACCGACGUCCAGAAGGUGGCGGGAGACUGCACGGAGGAGGAGCCCGGCACGGCGACCGAGGACUUGGCUGCCCAGAAGCGCGAACAGAGACUGCGCAAAUUCCGAGAGCUGCACCUGAAGCGGAAUGAAGCUCGUAAGUUAAAUCACCAAGAAGUUGUGGAAGAAGAUAAAAGACUUAAGUUGCCUGCAAAUUGGGAAGCCAAAAAAGCUCGUUUAGAAUGGGAACUACAGGAAGAAGAAAAGAAAAAGGAAUGCGCAGCAAGAGGGGAAGACUAUGAGAAAGUGAAGUUGCUGGAGAUCAGUGCAGAGGAUGCAGAGAGAUGGGAGAGGAAAAAGAAGAGGAAAAACCCUGACCUGGGGUUUUCAGAUUACGCCGCUGCCCAGUUGCGCCAGUAUCAUCGGUUGACCAAGCAGAUCAAACCUGACAUGGAAGCCUAUGAACGACUGAGAGAAAAGCAUGGAGAGGAGUUUUUCCCAACAUCCAACAGUCUUCUUCAUGGGACACACGUGCCUUCCUCAGAGGAGAUUGAUAGGAUGGUCAUAGAUCUGGAGAAACAAAUUGAGAAGCGAGACAAAUACAGCCGGAGACGCCCCUACAAUGAUGAUGCCGACAUUGACUACAUUAAUGAGAGGAACGCCAAGUUCAACAAGAAAGCCGAGCGCUUCUAUGGCAAGUACACAGCUGAGAUCAAGCAGAACCUGGAGAGAGGAACGGCCGUUUAAGCCCUGCAGGAGCCGAGUUGAGCUUAGGAUGGAGUGAAAUUCCUGCUUGAGGACUGAAGUGCUCGGAGCCAGAGCUAGAUCGGUCUGCCUUCCCAUUCAGCAUUCCUGAAUAAAUGUCUUUCUUCAACAUGCACUUCCCCAUCUGUACGUGUGGAUGGAAGGUGUAUUUCUUGUAGUGAGGUGGUUUUUGUAAAACUCCACUUUGUAUAAAUCCUAACUAUAUUAUUUUUCUAUGUAUCUGGAAUGUGUACGGCUGUUUGUGAAGCGUUUGGGCUCGAGAUUGCUGGCGUGGCUCUGAUCAGGCCUGCUGCUCAGUGUUGUCAGGAACCAUGGGGUGGAGGACAGGGAGGACACGCAGGACAGCGAGGAUGAUGGGAAGUGGGGGCAGUCUGCAGGCUGCGUGGGACCAUGGUGAGGGAGGCACAGAACUCCUCCAUGAAGGGCAACUGCAUACAGUCUGAUUUUUAAAGAGUAAUAAAUGCUUUGGAAUAGAA